CACGCUGCCUCAGGGCACAGUGAACAUGAACCUCUGCACAGACGUCAUUGAUGCUGAGCCCAAGACAGGCCAGAAGAACUCCCUGUGCAUCAUCACGCCAGACCAGGAGUACUUCAUCAGAGGGGAGAAUAAAGAGAUCAUCAAUGGGUGGAGUGAGCAGCUGGUGGUUUACCCCCGCACCAACAAACAGAACCAGAAGAAGAAACGCAAGGUGGAGCCUGCAACCUCCCAGGAGCCAGGCCCAGCCAAGGUAGCAGUGACUGGCUCUGGUAUCCCUGAGGCAGAGAAGGUUCCAGACUCCAGCUCCAUAAUCUGGCAGGAGGAGCUGAACCAGAGGGAGGCUGAGGGAGCUGUAGUCUGGGCCACUGCUGACGUGCCCCCAGGAUCACCACUGCCCUCCACAGGUGAAUGUGCAUCUGUGGGCCAUGGCUCAGAUGCAGGCUCAGUCAAUGGCGACGAAGUGGACCGGGGAGGCCUGCCGAUGCACAGCUCUGUGCCGCAGCCACCCAGCGACCUGCUCUCCCCCACAGGCUCCUGCUCUAGCUUGGGAGGAGUCCCACGCUGCCUCUCCCCAGCCCCCAGUGACCCCUUUCCCUCUGGCAGCUCCCUGCUCUCCAAUGGCUCGCACAUCAGCGGCUCGGUCAGCUCUUUGGACUCGGAUGCCAGUGGCAGCACAGUGACCAGCACAGAGAGUCACCCGACCUCCCAGAGAGGCAGCCACCCCUACAGCCACCACGACACGCCACGGUCCAGACGGCUGGAGGCUGAGGCCAGAAAGGCAGAGAAGAGGAGUCGGUAUAGGAGCCCUGACAGGCAGGAGAGGGAGGCCGUCCUCAGCCCCGAGAGGAGUCGCUCUGGCGUUAUUGAGAAGCUGGAGGCCUUGGAGCUGGAGAAUCAAGAAAAAAUGGAGGUGGAAGAGUUGGGGAGGAGUGGAGAGAGACAGGGCCGAAGUGAGCACAGACGCUUCCACAGAGAGGAGCAGAGGCACAGUGUUGGUCAGGGUCUGGACUUCCCCUCCACCCUGCCCCCUCUGAGGAGAGCCAAGUCCCUGGACCGAAGGACCACGGAGUCAGUCAUGACUCCGGAUUUGCUGAACUUCAAGAAAGGUUGGAUGGUGAAACUGGAUGAGCAAGGCCAGUGGAAAAAAUACUGGUUUGUGUUGACGGAUCACAGCCUGAGAUACUACAAGGAUUCAAUAGCAGAGGAGGCCUCUGACCUGGAUGGUGAGAUUGACCUGUCCACUUGCUACAAUGUUACUGAGUACCAGGCCCAACGCAACUAUGGUUUCCAAAUACAUACACAGGAGGGAGUGCACACUCUGUCCGCCAUGACGGCAGGUAUACGCAGGAACUGGAUCCAGGCGGUCAUGAAGAAUGUCAGACCCUCCACUGCCCCUGACGUGGCGAGCUCAACUGAGGAUCAUGGCUCCUUCUCUCCUUUGGAAGGUCUGAUUAGACCAGACGUCACUCAGGACUCUCUUUCAUCAGAGGCCUCCUCUGUAGAGAGAGAAUCCACUCCGGGUGUCACAAAGAGCCGGGCACGCGAGCGACGACGAGAAGGACGCUCAAAGACCUUCGACUGGGCGGAAUUCAGACCCAUCGCUCAGGCUCUGGCUCAGCAGAGAGCACAAGAGGCUGAGAGCCUCCGGGCAGACUUGGGAGAGCUCGAGCGGAGCCGGAGGAGGGAGGAGAGGCGGAAAAGGUAUGAGUCUGUGACAAGCUCAUCGGCAGAGCAUACAUCCCCUAAAGAGGCAGGGAGGACAGACUAUGAGAGUGGAGAGGGAGUCGGACCUUUGGAUUCAUUAGGUCCCACGUCUUUGGAGAGGCAGCAGAGGGUGGAGGAGGUGAUAGAACAACACUGGCAACAGGUGGAGAAGACACCCAUACGGGACGAGAGAAGGGUGCCCCUGCCCACCACAGCACAAACAAGAGAGACGGCAGAGUUGGAGCAGCUGUUGGAGAAUUACAAGCAAGGGAUAGAGGACCUGAAGUUACACUUGCAGAACUGUCACCAGCAGCUCAUCGACUCCAACAAUCACAAACAGUUGCUGGAGCAGCAGCUGAGAACAGCGCUGGAGCGAGAGCACGACAUCCGCACAGGUUACAUCUCUCCGCUGGAGCACCCUUUGGGUCUGGAGGCUGAUGUGACGCCUCAGACGAAGAGGCCCGAACUGGCCACCUGUGAGAGGGGCUUCGCUGCCAUGGAGGAGUCCCAUCAGAAGGUUAUAGAUGAGCUGCAGAGGAAACACCAGAGAGAGCUGGAGAACCUGCAUGAGGAGAAAGAGAGGCUGCUGGCAGAGGAAACGGCAGCAACCAUCUCUGCAAUUGAAGCGAUGAAGAACGCCCACCGCUCAGAGCUGGAGAAGGAGCUGGACAGGGCUCGCAAGGCCAACAACAACGCAGAGAACGCAGACAUGGAUGAAAUGCACAGACAGCAUGAGGAGGAGUUGUGUUCGUACCAGCGGGAGAUCGAGGUGCUGUCGGAGCAGUAUUCGCAGAAGUGCCUAGAAAACGCACACUUGGCCCAGGCGCUGGAGGCUGAGAGGCAGGCCCUUAGGCAGUGUCAGAGGGAGAACCAGGAGCUCAACGCGCACAACCAGGAGCUGAACAACCGUCUGGCAGCAGAGAUCACAAAGAUGCGCUCCAUGACAUCUGAGGACGGAGUUGGAGACACAAACACCACAAUACAGGGGAAAGAGCUCUAUGAGUUAGAAGUAAUGCUGAGGGUGAAGGAGUCGGAGGUCCAGUACCUGAAGCAGGAAAUAAAUUCCUUAAAGGAAGAACUCCAAUCUGCCCAAAGAGACAAGAAAUAUGCAACAGAUAAGUACAAGGACAUCUACACAGAGCUGAGCAUCGUCAAGGCCAAAGGGGAGCGGGAUCUGGGGCGGCUCAGAGACCAGCUGCAGCUGGCCCACGAGGCUCUUGGGGAGCCAUCGCUGGAGGAGGUGGAGCGAGGGGGAUACGAUAUCAUGAAAUCCAAAAGCAACCCCGACAUCCUCAAGAUGGCAGCUGCUGCAGCUAAGCGCUCAGAACGCACCAUGAGAUCGAAGAGUCUAAAGGAAGGGCUAACAGCUGAGCAGAGACUUCACCUGUUUGAAAAUAAAGACACGAAGGAGUUCUGACAGUGACGCAUCAUGUCCACCCACUUUGCUGCAUGUUUAGAAGCCCACUAUAUUUUAGCUCUGUAAUUUCUUAUUUAGUAACACUACACACUGGUCACAAACACAGAUCAUAUAUUAUUAAAAAGAACAUGGUAUGAAGUUUGAAUUUCAUGUCUAGAGUUUGCAUUCCAUGCACUUCAGUUAACUGUGACAUUUUUUGUAUUGUUUAUGAUUUUUGCUGCCAUGUUACUGUAAAUACUGUUUUUAAUUGAGCAUUUGUCUUGCGUACACUAAAACUAUGACCGUGUAAGCUACUGUUUUAACUCCUUAGACUGUUGCUAGCCAAAGGCGUAACUGUGAUGUUUGAAGGCUGAACACAACCACAUAAUGACGAGUGAGUAAUACUUGCAUAGCGAAAACAUAGGAACGAGUCCGGCGUCCAGGCGCGCGCGUUAACGCUCCAUCACUCCGUUAUCAUUCCAGCACAGAUGGCGGUGUUGCUCUGUUACGGAACAAAAAUGCUUGUCCGCAUUGGAGAACAGUCACCCACCAUGUUGCUUCAUCAAAGCCUGACAUUAAAGUGACAUCAAACACGCUCUCUGUUCUCCUCGGAUCAAUCUGAGACGUCUUUUUAAAGGGGAAAGCUGAAUGUGUAUGAUGGGAUUCACUA